UUAUUCAAAUCCAAACCGUCAUAUUUAGAAAUUUUAUGAUAAAUGUCUUCAACAGAAAUAAUGUGUUUUAUUAUAAUUUUAUCUAUAAUACAAUUACAUGAUAGUCUCGAUACUCCCGGUGCUAAUGUAGUGGUCAGACCCACAAACUCUAGUCCACCGGAAAUGUGUGUUCAUUCGUCACGAUUUGAUUCAAUCACUCAAUUCAUAUAUUAUGAUAAUGUAAAUCUAAAGCCGGGAUAUUUCUUUGCCAAAAAUGGUUAUUAUUGGAUAUUAGACAGCGAUGUGAUGCCGACGGCUGACAAUUGUAAAGGUCGACUACCCGAUGAUUUUCGGGCCGACGCCGCCUUUUUCCGGAUGUGGAAGCGCUGUGUCGAUGACAUAAUUGUACCAAUGAUUGUGAUUGUCGACUCUGACCUUAAUUCUGAAUAUGGCGUUAAUCUCAAAAGUAAGACUUAUUUGAUUCAUAAUUCUUCGUGGAUUAACACCGUUGAUCACCGACUCAAUGAUCCGUCACUCAAACACUUAUGGCUUUAUCCGGGCUUUCAAUCUGUUGACGCAAUCAUCAACUUUAGUAACAUAAAAGUCGGUCCAAUGGCUAAAAAGUUGGGCGACGAGAGUAUAUUUGUGAUGACAUCGGCUCUUAAUAAUACCUAUUAUUACGAUUGGGUUCGACUUAUUGGAUGUUUAGACAAUGAGUUCAAGUUUAAUGGGAAAGCCGUCAACUUUUUUGGUGGUCCACUAUAUCGAGCUCUUUGGAAAAUGAAUACAUCUGUGGACGCGGCUAUGGUUUACACUAUGUAUCCAAUGGUUGACCCGAAUGUGGGACCAUUAGAGGGAGACAUCAGUUUGUUUCAGGAGAACUCUCACUACCAGUUCUCCGUUGACUUAGAAUUAGUGGCUAAUGGUCAUCUCUACUCCAAUAACCUGAUAACCCAAUACUAUUCAACGUGGUUGGAGUGCGCACCGGGAACUACACCCGAACCGCCAAUAGUACCGUCAAAGUUUACAACAGAUCCGUCAAAUUUAGAUGAAAAGACCACAACUAUAGUUAUUAAAACAUCCAAUUGGCCAAUACUUGCAGAUAAUGCCAAUGAAGAAAAAGGAGACAUUGAUUUCAUAUUAAUAAUUAAGUCUAUUCUUAAGUCUAAAGACAAACAAUAUUUCUAA